AGCAUACAUAUAAAAUGGUUCAACGUCCAGAAAACAUUGCCAAUAUCAUCAAUGGUGUUGAACGCUAUAAUCCUGAAAAUAUUGAUGCACUCGAAAACUACUUAAACCAUCAAUGUGAAAAUGGUCAAUAUGACUGUGAAGCUAAUUUAGCCAUUCUUAAGCUCUAUCAGUUCAACCCUCAGCUGGCUAAAGAACCUAUUGUCGCAAAGAUUCUCGUUAAAGCUUUAACUGCUCUUCCUGCACCUGACUUUAACUUAUGUUUAUACCUCUUAGCUGAACAUGCUCAGUUCAAGUCUAUUGAAAGUUUAACAGAAUUGCAACAACUUUUGGAACAAGCACGUUAUGAAAAGUUUUGGCAAUCUGAUCUUACAGCAUGGACAAAGGUUGUUCCCAACUUUGAAACUGAGAUCCGUCAAGUGAUUGCUCGAGUGAUUGCCAUGUCAUAUCAAACAAUCAACGCUUCUACUUUAUCAGGCUAUCUUGGAUUAAAAGGAGAUGAGUUUGACAAGUUCUGUGCUAGUCAACAAUGGCAAAAGAAUGGAGAUAUAGUUCAGAUUCCUAUCAACAAGGGUAACGAAGCAAAGGCAGUUGUUAUUAGAGAAAACAUCAAGUUUGAACAAUUAACAAAAGUGAUUGGAUAUUCUAAUGAACUGUAAAAGGGACCAAAUAAAAUAAUCGUCAAGCAAAAUUGUUAUAUUUAAAAGAGAACAACGGUAGGCACACAGCCAUUCUUCAUGACUUCCAUGACAAUCCCUUGAUCAUUUCCAGUCAAGUAAGUGGAUCCAAAUGGAUUUUGUUCACUCGAUCCGCGUGUAAGGAUCACUGGCUUCUUUUGUCCAUUUUCCUUGAUUAUGUUACUA